AUGGCGUCCCUAAUAGAGACCCACCGCUCCGACGCAGAGGUUGUUAGUGGAGAUGCCAUCUGCAGGAAGAAAUUCGUCGACCUGCUGGAAGAGCUCGGCCUCCCCAAAGGUCUCCUGCCAAUGGAGGACAUCCAGGAGUUUGGGUACAACCGCACCACGGGGUUCAUGUGGCUGGUGCAAAGGAAGAAGAAGGUGGAGCACACCUUCAAGAAGAUCAAGCAGACCGUGUCCUAUGCUGCCGAGGUGACAGCGUUUGCCAAGAAGGGCAAGCUGCGGAAGAUCACCCGUGUCAAGACCAAGGAGCUGAUGCUUUGGCUCAGUGUAGUUGAGGUCUAUGUUCCCGAGGCCUCGCCGGAGAAGGUCACCUUCAAGACUGGUACUGGCCUCUCCGACAGCUUUAACGCCACUGCCUUUGCACUCGGGGAGUAA